CGUUUCUAGUUGGAGACUGACACUAUAGGAGCCACAGCGUAAUCCUCUUGCUUUGUAGGCUAUAGCUUGAACUAACUUCAUCUUCUACCUUAUCGCUAAGCAACAGUUUCAGUGUUGCUUCCUCUGCGGCUCUGCCAUGUCGACACCAACGAAAUCGUUUCCUCUUUCGCCUUCUCCUUCCUGCUUCUCCCAUGCUUUAUCUCCCCCUAUACGAACUCUCUUUCCUUCAGCUUUGCUCCCUUCUCAGAAGCUCACAUUUGCCGCUAACACUUCACAGAAACCAGAUAAACUACCUUUACACUUUCUGGGUCCUCAAGAUUCCACGCUUUUACUGCUCAAAUGCAACGCCCUCGCCAUCAACGACAGCUCUACCAAUUCUUUCGUGGAUUCAGGGCUGAUGCUAUAUUCUCUCUUUCAAGAAAUUGGGUUCAAUGAGAGAGAUACUGAAGCCCUUUUGGACGCCCACCCUGUAGUCAAACUCACGCCCUUCCAAUCCAUACGUACACGAAUUCAUUCUUUGCAGUCCCUUGGUGUCAGUGGACUUGCUCUUUCCCGAUUGAUCGUGAAAAGACCGGAUGUUUUAACAGCUCAGGAAAUCAAUGCCUUCGUUUGUUUUCUUCUCAGUGAUGAAUUGGAAUUGGCAGGAAAGAUCAAACCUUCACAAAUUGAACAUCUUUUUAACUCAACAGAACCGAGGUUUCUUGCAGGAUUUGAAGCAAAGGUUAGAUUGUUACUCCAACUUGGGAUGCCCCAAGAAAAGAUUGCUCACGUUCUCAACAAUGCCAACUUAACCAAGGCUUUUUGUCUCAAAUCAUUUGAAGAUGUAGAAAGAUUGCUCACUUUCUUGAACCGUUUUGGUGGUGUUGAUUUGAUUCUUCGCCGUCCAGCGCUUCUCAAUUAUGACCUUGACGCGCAGUUGAUUCCCAGGAUAGGGUUCCUAUUCGAGCUGAGUGGAGGUGAUGAGGCUGGAACUGCAACCGUGUUGCGUAAGUUGCCAUUUGUUGUAGCAUACAGUGUUGACCACUUAAAAGAUCAUGUAGAGUUCUUCAAAUCAUUCGCUGGAUUAAGUGAGGAGGAGAUUUUUCGAAUUGUUCUAGUUUAUCCCAAUAUGUUUAGCGCCAGCAGGAAAAGGAAAUUGCAUCCUCGAAUUGAUUUUCUUAAGCAAUGUGGGUUGAGUUCACAUGAUAUAUUCAGGUUCUUAAUAAAAGCCCCUUUGUUUCUAAGUCUGUCAUUUGAGGGAAAUCUUGCUUUCAAGCUGGUCUUUUUGGUGAAGAUUGGAUAUAAGAAUAAUACCAAGGAAUUGGCAAUGGCAAUGGGAGCUGUUACCAGGACUAGCUGCAAAAAUAUGCAAGAGCUUAUUGGGGUAUUUUUGAACUACGGCUUGACUUUUGAUGACAUUCUGGAGAUGAGCGUGAAGCAUCCGCAGGUAUUACAGUACAAUCAUGAGUCAUUGGAGGAGAAGCUGGACUACUUGGUUGAGGAGAUGGGUCGUGAAGUUGGCGAACUAUUGGCUUUUCCUGCAUUUCUUGGGUACAAGCUUGACGGAAGGAUUAAACACAGGUACGAGGAGAAGAAAAAAAUCUUAGGUGAAGGCAUGUCGCUCAAUAAACUCCUGAGUGUAUCUGCAGCAAGAUUCUCAACAAAAAGCAAGAGGAAGCAACGAGUUCCUGCCAUUAAUCGCCUCAAUGAGAGUGAUGACUGAUUGGAAUGAGUUAUGGUACAUAUUUGUUGUCCUAAUCAUGUGAAAACCUGUAUUAAAUGUUAAACCCAAGGGUUUGAUGGUUCCGCUAGAUCAGUUCAGUUUUGAGGAUUCCCGGUUUUGCUUCCUUUGCCUGAGUGCGGAAUGUGCGUGUGGACAUAUUUGCAGGGGAAUGGAAGAACUUAUGGACAACACCGUCUUUCAAUUGCUGAGCACUGAAUGAUGGGGUAGUGGUGUUCUACAUGGCUGAGUGAGGACAUGAUUUUAACUUUUAGGUUGUCUUUCUAUAAUAGAUAGGUGACCGUCCUUGCGUUAUUGGUAAACUCAGGGCUUUUUAUGAACUAGUGAUCAUACAUUAGUGCAAGUGUUCAAUACAGCUUUGUAUCACAAGUUCACAACUGAAAAUUGACAGCAGACUGAAACUGCUGUUUCUGUUGAAGAUGUACAACAGAGCUGCUGAAAAGCUAAUGCACUUUGAUAUCGACACUCUUUAAAUGUAAAUCAGUAAUAUAUAUUGCAAAUUUCUGAACUA